AUGGAGUGGUGCUGCGAAAAGGAGAAGAUUGGCUGCACCACUACGACUCCGAAGCCCUACGACUGCGCCGCUGCUGAGCAGAACUCCAAGUCUGCUUGGUCCGACAGCAAGACACACUGGUGCUGUGCGCAUGAGCUGCGUGGGUGUCCACCGUUCAACUGUUCGGACACGUCCAGCGCCAGCUCCUGGUCGCUGGCGCAGAGUGUCUACUGCUGCGAGACCGCGAACGUGGGCUGCACCACCACGACCACGACGACACCUCCGCCCUACAACUGCCAGGAGGGUCUGGCGCAGUGGAUGACAGAGUGGCCCGAGGACAAGAAGGACGGGACUGGUGCUGCUCUCACGAGGCCAGGGGCUGCCCGCUGUUCGACUGCAACGCCUCGGCAUCGGCACCGGACCAGUGGCCGAAGGUCGAGCAGGAGUGGUGCUGCGAGAACAAGCAGGUCGGGUGCACGACCACCACUACCACGACCACGACCUCGCCUCUGUUCGACUGCCUGA